UUACUGGUAAAUGAGUUUUGAAUUUUCAUUAGCCAUUUCGACGGAUAUUGUAUUUAUGCCUUUGAUAUGCUACCUGUUUGAAUGGCAAUGAUGAAUCGAGGGAUGUUCCGAAACAAUACAGGAAUCAAUCACGAUUUGUUAUGAAUAGCAGGAUUUUGUGAUAGCAGAUCGAAUGCGCGUGCCAAAGAAAAAACGAACCAAAAGAACGAGGAAACGAACGCAACCGAAACGAUGACAAAUAUAUUACAACAACGUGAGCGAUUAACUUGUUGGGGAUUAACAAUAGUUACUAUAGUCUCUGGAUUAGUUACUAUAGCAACGGCGUUGCCAAUGGCACCAUUUAUACGUGGAGACUUUGAACCAGAUAUUCCAUUGGAUUAUAAUGAACUGAAAAAGAUAGGAGGUGGAAAUACUGAAAUCGUGUUUAAACUCAUUAAGCAGAUUGCAACAGCGAUGCAUCACUGUGGGAUCAACGAAAAUAAUAAAGAGAUGGAGAGAACGUACCUCACUAAUACGUCAGUCACCUGUAACGACGGCUCUCGGGCAGGGUACUACAUAAGAAAAUCAGCAAAGAGUACAAGAUGGAUCGUGUUUCUAGAAGGUGGUUGGUGUUGUUUCGACCGAAACAGUUGCCAUGGACGAUGGAUCAACAUGAAGGGAUAUAUGAGCUCACUAAAGUGGCCAAAAACCAAAAAAGGCAAAGGAAUUCUUUCCUGGAACCCAGAAGAAAAUCCAGAGUUCUUCCAUGCCAAUAUGGUCUAUGUUCCUUACUGCUCAAGUGACUCAUGGAGCGGGAAUCUAAAGGCAGAGAAAAAAGGGGAUUUCUCCUUCAUGGGUUCUCUGAUCGUGGAAGAGGUGAUUAAAGACCUCCUCCCACAUGGCCUUCAACAUGCCAAGAAGCUGCUUCUCACAGGUAGCAGCGCUGGGGGCACAGGUGUGUUGGUCAAUCUCGACAAGAUCGCUGAUAUGUUGAAAAAGGUGGCGCCACAGGUUGACGUGCGUGGUGUGUCGGACUCGGGAUGGUUCCUGGAUAAUGAACCAUUCCGCACUGUUCCCUGUACAGAUGCCCAUCUCUGUACACCAGCGGAAACCAUAAAGAGAGGCAUAGCACAUUGGAACGGUCAGGUGCCCAAAGAUUGUGCAGCACAGUACCCAACCGAACAUUGGAGAUGUUACUUUGGAUACAGAAUGUAUCCAACAUUAAGAACACCAGUAUUCGUAGUGCAACAUCUUUUUGAUGAAGCCCAGAUCACAUUCAACAAUGUAGGGCCACCAGUGAAGAAAGAACAGUGGCAUUACAUUCACAAAGUGGGAGAAAAGAUAAAAAAUACUCUACUUAAUGUAUCUGCUGUAUUUGCCCCAGCAUGUCUUUCUCACAUUGUCCUGACUCGGAGUGACUGGAAAGAAGUUGCUAUUAAGGACAUAACACUACCUCAUGCUAUCAAAUGCUGGGAGGCUAGCAGUCAUGAGACUAACCAUUACAGAGGGAAACCCCACAAACAUCACAGUUUCAGCAAAAAAAUCAGGGACAAAAGUUUGGAUCUUCCUGAAGUGAUACAAGUCACGGGUGAUGAUCGCCUCAUUCUAGGUGAUGAUCCUAAGACUCUAAAACCAGAAACUGCCGAUACCACAAAAAUACACAUCAGGCCCCGGGGAAAUGGGGGUCGAGCAUGGCGGGGAAACAAAAGUGGUAAAGGUGGAAGGAAAAGAAAUAGGAAGAGGAAAAACAGGAGAAAGAAUAAAGAUAAAAAGCGUCAACGCCACAAGAGGUCUCUGUUCUUUAACCUCCACGAUGAGCACCAUGUGAGCAGCCACCAAGACACAUGUACCCACCAUCUCAUAGAUCAUUGUGCUUGGCCACAGUGUAAUUUAUCCUGCCCUAAACUACGGAAUCCAUUCACAGGGGAGGAAAUGGAUUUCAUUGACCUGCUAUUACAGUUUGGUCUAGAUUUAAACAGUAUCGCAAACGCACUAGGAAUAGAUUUACAUACUCUCAUGUCAAUGGAUCAUGACAAACUACUCAGGAUGCUUACCCAACAACAGUAGCAUGGAAACAUUAAAAUUGUUACUAUGGUAACUAGCCCUAUGCAGAAAAUCGUGUUAUGUUACUUCAGUAACAAGGCUCUUCCACAGAACAUUGAAUUGAUUCCAUAAAUAUUUUGUCACAACUGUAAUUUAAAUGUCUCCCAACUGUAUAUGUUGCUAUUGUAACAAGACUCUUUCAUUACAGUAGUAUCUAAAAUAUGCCAGAACCUCUAUGGUUGCCAACACAACUCAAAUGAACUAAAACGAUGCUUGUGACAUAACUGGAAAGAAACACAAUGCCCAAAAUAUUGGACUUGUUUAAACAGGGAAUUUGUAAUUAUCACAAAUGGUUACCAGAGUAACCACGAUUAGUUACAACUAUAUAUUACCAAGACAUUGUGCUUUGUUGCAUCGUGAUAAGGGAAAAUUAAGAACACGAAAGAGGAAACUUUAUUUUAGUGUAAAUAAUUAUUUUGUUGGAUUUGUUCACCAUGGCAACGUUAUUUAACUUAUAAUUACAUAUAACCAAUAUAUUAUGUUUUGCUACCUCUCUUAGAGGGAUAACUCAUACCAGAGAGAUCUAUUAAUCAAUGUGAGGGUUGAUUCUCAUCAGGAAAGGACUUGUGUAAAUAUUUUGUACAUAAAGAUAUUUAAUUAUUUGUAAAAUAAUAGAGCAUAUUUUAAUCACUUUUGAUAUCUACCUCACAGUAAACAUCAAUGUCAAAUUAGUUAUAUAAGAAUAGAUUUUGUGCCAAUACAGGUUUUCUGUUUCUUUGAGCAAUUUAAAACAAAAUGUGAUAUCGAGGAGGAUUUGAAGUAAUUAUUUCAUGUUGUGUAGAGUUUCAAUUAACCCAACACUGUUCUCUAUUAUUCCAGACAUUUUUUAUUUUGAGAGUUUUAUUCAUAUUUCUUGAGGUGUCUAUAUGUCUGAUAUUCAUAAUUAUUAUGUUCCAAUAAAGCCAUGAGUCCGUUUAUAAACACUCAUUUUGAUUCUUCAAAUUGCCAAAGAUAUCAACAUCUAAAUUUCAAACUUGAGAAUAAAUUGUAAGGGAAAUGUUUAUUAACAUUAGUUUAUGAAUGAGAUGAUCG